CCACUCAACAUGGCGACCUCCUAGAGGAUAGUACAUGCUCGUUUGUUGACAUUUUUCUAAAAAACACAUUUAGAAGUGAAUUGUUGACCUUCGGUAACUGUAACUAUGUCGAGACUCAUCGUUAAAAACCUCCCAAACGGGAUGAAGGAGGACAGGUUCAGGGCGAUGUUUGCUGCCUUCGGUACCGUGACAGACUCCACACUGAAGUUUACCAAGGAUGGAAAGUUCCGCAAGUUUGGCUUCGUGGGUUUUAAAGCGGAGGAAGAUGCAGACAGGGCUCUGAAACACUUCAACAAGAGCUUCGUGGACACGUCCAGAGUGACGGUGGAGAUGUGUAAGUCAUUUGGAGAUCCCAAUAAACCAAGAGCCUGGAGCAAACACACUCAGAGCUCAAGCCAAGACAAACCCGCUGCCAAGACUGAAACUGACAGCAAAAAGAAGAAGAAACAGAAAAAGGAAACCAAGGACACACUAGGAAAUCUGGAGGAGGAUCAGGGAUUCAAGGAGUUUCUGUCAGUGCAUCAGAAUCGAGGCCAAGCGCCCACGUGGGCGAAUGACACUGCACAGCAACCAGAAAAGACAAAGAAAAAGAAGAAGCCAGCUUCAGAUGAUUACCUCAACUUUGAUUCAGACCCAUCUGAGGAUGAGGAGGAGGAGGCAGAGCUUGAGGAAGAGGAAUAUGAUGAAGAUGAAGAUGCCACUAAAGAAGCACUCAAAUCUGGCUUGUCGGACAUGGAGUACCUGCGAUCAAAGGUGACAAAAACAAGUGACACCAUGGAGGAGGCUGAAGAUGAAGGUGUGGAUGAUGAAGAUGAGGAUCAUGGUCCUGUGCAGCACACUGACAGUGCCUAUGAGAGUGGUGACAGAGAAAAUCUUUCAAAGAUUAAAACAGCAGUGUCCUCUGAGGAUAAAAAGAAAGGCAAAGCAAAGAAGGCUGCAACAAAUGAGAUAGAACCAGCAACAGAGUUCACAGUGAAGCUGAGAGGAGCCCCUUUUAAUGUAAAGGAGCAACAAAUUCGUGAGUUCAUGACACCACUGAAGCCUGCUGCCAUCAGGAUUGGAAAGAAUGAAAGUGGAAAUAGAACAGGUUAUGUAUAUGUAGAUGUGUACUCUGAAGAAGAAGUGCAGAAGGCCUUAAAGAAGAAUAAAGACUACAUAGGAGGCCGUUAUAUUGAGGUUUUCCGUGUGGAUGCCUCUGGAGGUAAAAAGAAAGACUGGAAAGACAAAGAAAUUGACAGAAACUUUACUAGGAAGCUCAAGGAGGAUGAGGAGGAGGAAGAUGUUUCAGAGUCAGGCAGACUUUUCAUUAGAAACCUUCCUUACACGUGUACUGAAGAAGAAAUCGAAGAGCUGUUCGCUAAACACGGGCCUUUAUCCGAUGUGCUAUUCCCUAUUGACAGUCUAACCAAGAGACCAAAAGGGUUUGCUUUUGUAACAUACAUGAUUCCAGAACAUGCUGUGACAGCCCUGGCUCAGCUGGACGGACACGUAUUUCAGGGCAGGAUGCUUCACUUGCUUCCCUCCACAGUAAAAAAGGAAAAGCCUGAAUCGUCAGAUGGUGGUGGUCCUGGUUCCUCCUCUUACAAACGACAAAAAGAUGCUAAAAAUAAGGCUUCAAGCUCCAGUUCCCACAACUGGAACUCCUUGUUUCUUGGCACAAGUGCAGUAGCUGAUGCUAUUGCUGAAAAGUACAACACCACAAAAAGCCAAGUCCUUGACCAUGAGUCAAAGGGGAGUGUAGCAGUGAGGAUGGCUCUGGGUGAAACUCAGAUCGUACAGGAGACUCGACAGUUUCUUCUGGACAACAGUGUCAGUCUGGAUUCUUUUAGUCAGGCAGCAGCACCGAGGAGCAUGACUGUGAUCCUAGUGAAGAACCUUCCAGCCGGGGUGACGGUGUCACAGCUGGAAGAGCUCUUCUCUCCUCAUGGUUCGCUGGGCCGAGUGCUGCUGCCACCCUCAGGACUCACCGCCAUUGUUGAGUUCCUGGAGCCAACUGAAGCCAAACGAGCUUUCACCAAACUGGCAUACAGCAAGUUCCAUCACAUCCCAUUGUAUUUGGAAUGGGCACCUGUGGGAGUGUUUGUGGCCAAACCUGAACCAGUAUUAGAAAAGGAGGAUGCUGUAAAAGAGGAAAAUAUGAAAGAAGAGGAGAAAGAAGAAGAUGAUGAUGAGGAGGAGGAAAGCACUCCUGGUUCAACACUUUUCAUUAAGAAUCUUAACUUCAGUACAACAGAAGAGAAACUACAGGAGACCUUCUCCAAAUGUGGAAAGGUCAAGUCCUGCACCAUCUCCAAGAAGAAGGAUAAAGCAGGAAAGAUGUUGUCCAUGGGCUAUGGCUUUGUUCAGUAUCAGACAGCACAGGCAGCUCAGAAAGCCCUGAAGCAGCUGCAGCACUGCAGCGUCGAUGAUCACAAGUUAGAGCUGAAGAUUUCAGAGAGAGCCACAAGGGUUACCGAAGUGUCACACAAGAAGAAACAAUCUGAGAAAAAACAGACCGGGUCUAAGAUCCUUGUGCGAAACGUCCCCUUCCAGGCCACCGUCAGGGAAAUUCGAGAACUCUUCUGUACUUUUGGAGAGCUGAAGACAGUCCGACUUCCCAAAAAAGCAGCUGGAACAGGGAAUCAUAGAGGCUUUGGCUUUGUGGACUUCCUCACUAAACAGGAUGCCAAGAAAGCAUUUGCCGCACUGUGCCACAGCACUCAUCUGUACGGGAGACGUCUGGUGCUGGAAUGGGCUGAUGCUGAGGACUCAGUGGAGACACUGAGACGAAAAACAGCUGAACAUUUUCAUGUCGCUGCCAAAAAGCAACGAAAGGCCGAGGUACUGGAAGGAAUUAUGGAGUCUAUGGAGACUGAAGGGGUUGAAGACUGAGGUCUUUACUCGCUAUUGUCCUGACAGAAGAAACCAAGGCAUCUGAGUGAUUCUCUGUGAACUGACUUGCAAAAAAUAAGGACCUGAGUGUCAUGUGUAGACAGAAAAAAUGAAAUGAUCAAGUAAUUUAAAGUUUUGCAGAUCGUUGGAGCCUCAGGAUUUGUUAUAACCAUAUCUCUUGUACAGAACUGAAGCCUCAUAGGGACAUGUUUGGAUUCAUGUCUGCUUUUUUGUAUAAAAAUGUAUUUCAUUCUGUAAAUGCUAAAGUUUUAUGCCUCGUGUUUGUUUUGUUUUGUGGACAACAGUGACUGUGAAAACAGUGCAAUGUGAGCAAGUACUUUCACUCAUUACUCUAGUAAGUACAAAUUUGAGAUGCUCAAGUAUUUUUAUAUUCUGCAACUUUAUUCCUCUGCUCACUUGCAAUCUUUUUUUUUUAUCCCCUUUCUGUUAAGUGAAAACUGUUAUUUCCAAAUGUGUUAAUUUUGGAUGUAUGUGAUAAUUAAGGUCCUAUAUGGUUGAAGAAAACUCAACUUCUGAGGCUAAUAAACUCUUUAAAACCCUUUUGGAGUAUCAGGAAAAACCAAUGCGACAAAGCUGAAAACAAGGUUUUUUUUCUUAGCUUUUAAAAAGCUGACUUUUUUUUUAGAAACAUGGUUCUCACAGGACAGACGCUACAAUCAUGGACAAAAGUUUUGGCACUGACAUAAAUUUUGGUUUUGGUUUUAACUUCCUGAUUUGUUCUUUUAGAUUUUGUUCUACAUGGUUCAUAUUUUCAUUGAGGAACAAUUAUAAUCACUGUAUAUGUUUCAAAGACUUUUAUUUGCAAAUAAGCCACACUGAUGUAAAGAAUUAAUGUGUCAGCGCUAAAGCUUUAGGCCUUUACUGUACAAACAUCCAAUGAUCUUAUAGAAUAUAAUUGUUGUAGAUAAAACUUUAGAUGAAGUUGAUAAAAUGAGCUCAACAACAAACAUCUACUGCAAUAAAAUGCCACAUUCUUGCAAGAACAAAAAUAUGUUUAAUU